GAAGUACAAUAAUCCCAAAAAUCGAAGUACACACAAACAAACAAGCCACCAUCAAAUUUAUCUCUAGCGGCCGAUCGGAGAACCCGCAGCGCCGCCACCGCACAUCUCCCCUCCUCUCCACCUAAAUAAUCGAAAGGGGAGGUAUGUCAGACCUAGACCGGCAAAUCGAGCAGUUGAAGAACUGCGAGCCACUCAAAGAGUCUGAAGUCAAGGCUCUUUGCUUGAAAGCCAUGGAAAUCCUCGUUGAAGAAAGUAACGUUCAACGAGUCGAUGCUCCUGUCACUAUAUGCGGUGACAUUCAUGGACAAUUCUAUGAUAUGAAAGAGCUAUUUAAAGUUGGCGGCGAUUGCCCCAAGACUAAUUACUUAUUUCUCGGAGAUUUUGUGGACAGAGGGUUCUACUCUGUAGAGACCUUCUUGCUUUUACUUGCCCUAAAGGUAAGGUAUCCUGAUCGGAUAACAUUGAUUAGGGGAAAUCAUGAGAGCCGUCAGAUCACACAGGUAUAUGGUUUUUAUGAUGAGUGCCUGAGGAAAUAUGGUUCCGUUAAUGUUUGGAGAUAUUGCACUGAUAUAUUUGAUUAUCUAAGUUUGUCGGCUCUCAUCGAGAACAAAAUAUUUUCAGUUCAUGGCGGUCUCUCUCCUAACAUCAACACAUUAGAUCAGAUUCGGACAAUUGAUCGAAAGCAAGAAGUACCACAUGAUGGUGCCAUGUGCGACCUCCUGUGGUCUGAUCCGGAGGACAUUGUGGAUGGGUGGGGUUUGAGUCCCCGUGGUGCCGGUUUCUUGUUUGGUGGCAGUGUUGUUACUUCGUUUAAUCACACUAAUAAUAUUGAUUACAUUUGUCGUGCGCACCAAUUGGUUAUGGAAGGUUUUAAAUGGAUGUUUAAUAACCAAAUUGUUACGGUCUGGUCUGCCCCAAAUUACUGUUACAGGUGUGGUAAUGUAGCUGCCAUUCUUGAGCUGGAUGAGAAUCUGAAUAAACAGUUUCGAGUAUUUAAAGCAGCUCCACAGGAUUCAAGAGGAGCUCCAGCUAAAAAACCGCCACCAGAUUACUUUCUAUGAUUAACCGAUUCCAUAAAUUUACCAAGGUGAUGACCGCAUCCUUAACAAUGAAGAUAAAUUUGGUCAUAACACCUAAGAAUCAUCAAUGGGUUUCAUUUGCACAUUGGCUCGUGAUUAGGCGGCUAUGGUGGGUGCACCGCGGUUCAUUACAGCUGUAUUGGACGGCUAUUAUCCAUCGGUCCCAGUUUCACUCUCAUGGGGUUCAUCCCAUGAGUGUUAUGGUGUAGUGUUAAUUUGUGUGUUAGAUUGUGUUGUGUAGCAGUGUGCAUGUAAACAUAGGUGUAAUUACACCGUCGGACCGCCAAAAGCCACCAUAAACAAUCGUGGAUUCGGUGGUGCAAAGAAGAAUGAAUCUUCAUUAGAAAGUUGACUUGUGGAGCCUUUAAAUGUUUCGGUAGUUACUCAAUUCGUCUAAGGGUAUGUUUGGCAUGAAGCUUUUAUGAGUUUCUAACUUUAAGCUUUUAAGAAAAAGUUCCUACUUAA